AUGGAAAUGGAAACUGAUCCACUGGAAGGCAGCAGUUAUGAUCUAGGAGUGAGUGUCAAAACAGAAAUAAAAGAAGAAGAUGACGAGGAUCAAUAUAAUACGAUGGCCCUCCUGGAACUCGCCCAAUGUGUACAAACUAAUCAAGAACCGAUUGAAUUCAAUUCAACAGACGCCAUGAUGGACCCAAAAACUGGUCUGAUGAUAUGUCUCCACUGCCUCGAAGACUUCGACUCCAACAAUCUUUCUGACCACAUGGUUACCAAGCACAAUUAUCGUCGAGUAUUAUUUAAAUGUAACUUAUGUAUGCAGACAUUUCAAGAAAGGAAAUUACUACUGAUCCAUCGCCAGGAGUGUCGCCCAGAACAGAAAGUGAGAAAACGCACUUCCUUCCAGCAGAUAAUGAAGGAAGUCGAGUCUAAAUACUUCACAAAUGAUCAGGACCUAUUGGAGAUCGUGUCGUGUCCGAUUUGUCUACUGGAUCUGCCGAAGUAUUAUUUGAAAGAGCAUUUACUGAAUGAACAUCAGAAACCAGAUGUGGUAUUGACCUGUGGACGAUGUAAUAGAAACUUUAAAUCGAAGUUAACAUUGAGGGAGCACGUGAAACUGGUCCAUGAAGCUGUAGAAGAUUCUCAGGAGUGUGAGCUUUGCGGGCAGAAGUUUAGAAGCUUGAAGUAUCUUGCCAAUCAUAAGAGGAAUGUGCAUCCAAGUGGUAACAAAAUCCACAAAUGUGAAAAAUGUGGUAAAGAGUUCAAGAGUCGUCUGUGCCUCCAUCAGCAUUCUAAGUAUGUACAUCCGCCGGAAUCAGCGUCCGUAGAGUGUCCACACUGUCCUAAUAAAGUGUUCAAAUCUCGGAUGAACUUGCAACAGCAUCUGAAGGUCUCACACGGAUGGAAAAAGAAGUAG